AGAUGGCAUCUUUGUUUGCACCCAUUGAUCGACCAAAACAGAGAGGGUCUCACUCUACUCACGACAUGAAGCUUGUUUCAUCCAUCCAUCCGUCCGUCCACGCCACAAGCGCAUGAAGGAAGCGUCAGGCACAUCACGCCACACCGGCGUCAUGUCAUUGAAGACAACACCACCUUGGCUAAGCCCCUCCUCACAUCCGCAGAAUGUACAGACGGCCGUCCUCCCUACACACACACGACACGCCACGACACGACACCAAGAGAACGAACAUGAUUGACGACACACAUGCAUCCCCCCUGAUUGCUUGUCCGUCCCACCCACUCACCUGACGAGUCGCAGCUCGUUGCGUGCCGUCCAUGAGAGCGAUAUCGUCUGCAGCUGCUGCAACACACAGCACGCGACACACACACAGCAUACAGACAUCAUAAAUGUGCUGUCCCGUGACCCAUCAUCUCAUCUGAGUGGCGUACGUGGACGGGGGAGUUGAAGACGCCGGCCACUUUGGUUGCCGGGAGUGAGUGUGCCUUGAGGCACUUGCCAGACAUGCCCAGCAGACCUCCAAAGAACCCUGUCGACCCACACUGAUGGGUGAUAAUGCAACCCAACACACACACACACACACGCACAGGCACACACAACACACGUGCACGCUUCAUGACGGUCGGCAGCGUGUCUUUGGUGUCUGGUGUUGCUCAUCAUCUAUAUGGUCUGUAGAUACCUGCCACGUGCGUAUGGAUCGGUCGCCGGCCGAGUAGGAGGCCAGGUGAUUGCCGUCCUCAGAGAAGGCCAAACAGCUCACACGACCUGAUGAAUGAACCAACCAAUGAAUGAAUCGGUGACAACACACAGCAAAGCGUGCCAGCCAGGUCGAGUCCAUCGUCUUCUCUGCCCUCUGACCCACCUACCCACCGGUGUGCCCCUCGAGUAUUCGCCACUUGGUCGCCGUCCGCAGGUCGUAUAUCACUAUCAGACCCGUCGUCGUGCCCUGCAGCAAGGAAGGAAACACAUACACACACAUACGCACACACAGGGGUCUCCCUCCCUCCCUCCCUCCCUCGACUGACUGACUGACCACGGCGAAUCUCUGAGUGAUCUGGUGGAAGGUGACCAUGGGGAAGGUCUUGACCAACUCGAACAAGGCUGACGUCGCCGCACUCAGAGAACUACGCCUGCACACACACCAAAGACACACACACAGCCACAAAAGGGAGGGCAACAUCGUCAGCCAGCCUGGUGACCAGAUCAGAUCAGAUCGGGUGUAGUGUGUGUCUGUGACUGCAGGUGAGUGACCUCAGGACGGGGUCUGAUGGCUCCAGGCACCUCAGGACGGCCUCAGUGAGGGUCGGCAGCCACGGCAGCACUUUCUGCGGGAAACUGCGGGAAAAUAACACACGACACACCGAUUCGAUCAGCAGGCAUCCGCCACAGCGUUGACGCCACUCACUUGUUGACGAACCGCACCAGGACCAGGAGGGCCGAGUUGGCGUACGGCGCCCCCAGAUCAAGACGCCUGACAUGGCAAAAGAGACAGACAGACUGCAUCACCUCCUUGACCUCUCUUGACUUGAGGCUUGGCUGCCUGGGUUGGUACCGUACCUUGCGGCGGCCCCCAUGGCAGCGAUGAGGAGUGAAGGGUCCUGUGUGCCGAUCUGCUGCAGGAUGGACAGGCAUGGCGUGGCGUAGACAGGCUGCUGCGAUAGACCCAACACGCGAAGCGACAACGUAAACAGCUCACCCUCCUCCUGACAUGACACACAAACACACACACACCCAUCAACACACACAACACACACACGCGCCUUCCCAGCUGCCCAGCUCCCGUCCGACAUACAUACCGCCGAUCUGUUCUGCAGCGCGUCUCUGUCACCGAAGUCCCUCCUCACAGCCGAUGCCGCCACGCUGCUCAGGUCCUUCAUGUUCGGCGACUGUGCCGGUGUGGCGCCGUCGCCCCCCGCAAUGGACGAGAGGCUCUGGAGGUGGAUGCCCUGCUUGUUGGUGGCCGUAGGCAGCGCGUGGCGCCACAGAAAUGAGAAGGCGAGAGCGAAGAACUCGCAGGAGAGGUAGGUGACGAUGGUGCGGUUGGGGGGCGGCUGCACCUGCUGCUGCUGCUGUGAGUCGUGGGUGUGUGCGUGAGAUGGGUGCUGCAUGUGGGAGGGGAGGGGGGCCUGGGUGUGGGUUGAGCUGAACAUGAUGCGCAGCAGGGCCUGGGUCACUAUGGGCGUCCCGAGGGAUGGGGGGCGGCCUGCCAAGAAAGACGGAGACAGUGGUGACACCCACAUGAGAGACCAGCUGCCUGUAGGUGGAGAGAUGUACCUACCGUAUUGCUCUGGUCGUUCGUAGCCCACGACAGCCAGGAAGGUGAGCGCCGCAUCGUCCGUGCGAACCUGAACACAAAAACAGGACGGACAGACAGACAGACAGACAGAGAGACAGACAGAAGGAUGCCAUGAAUGCAGCACAACUCAACCAGCGAUGGCGCAAACACGCGCAUGCCCACCCUGAAGUCGUGGUGUUGGUCGCUCCAUAUCAUGGGCAGGGGUCUCUGGCUGCUGCCACCCGCAGCAACCACUGCCAACGCCGCCACGACCUCAAACGAAUUCCGCAUUGUCUGACAAACACCCCCACACACACAACCACACUCGCAUCGCCAUGAUGCAGGCCGGUUGGUGCCUGUGUCUGUGUCUGUGUCUGUGUGUGUCUUCUCACCUCUUUCAGAAUUUCGCUGUCGGAUAGCCGCACCGCCCGCCUCAGAGCCAUCUUGGCACUCUUGCGUAACGCAGAACUGCAAAAUGCAAAACAGAGAGGUCGGCAGAUCAAACUUAUCCGCUGCUGGUUCCUCUGAACACCCAUGUGAUGGUUGACCCUUACUGACAAUCUGGUCUGCAGCAGUAUGUGUGCCAGGAGGAUGAGCGACGGCAUGGCGCCCUUCGGCCGCGGGUCCCUCCUCUUCCCGCCGCUCCCAUGAUGAUACUCACCAUCCUGCUCCGCGCCGCCACCACCACCACCAGCUCCUCCACGCCCCUUGCCGCCUGCACCUGCCCCCAGGAUCUCCCGCAUCAUCAGCUCACGCAGCCACGGCAGCGACGCAGGACCCACAACCAGGGACGGUAUCCGUCGGUUGCCAAAUAGGUGGACGAAGAGGGUGUCGAAGCUGAUGGCGAGGAGUGCCGACAUGUGGCCGCUGAGAAGGUCGGAGAGCAUGACGCCGCCGUCCCAUGGGGGCACCUGUGGGGGGUAUAGGGUGGGCACGAACUGCAGGGCGGACCCGAUGGACCGCUGGGAGACGUCGCCCACGCCGCCUCGUUUGAGGAUGCCGUGGGUCUUGUGGACGACGCCAGAGGCCUCCGAUGAUGUGGCACGGGCCGCGUCGACGUAAGAGGGGCUGGCUGUGGGCGGGGGCAUGUGGGGCUGCGGGAAGGGCUCGUCCUCCUCUCCCCCCUGCUGCUUCAUCUCCCUCCCCCUCUCCAGCCCCCGCCCCUGCGCAGCCUCCUGCAUGGCCUUGGCGAAGUCAACAGUCCCAUCGGCAUCAUCCUCCCCCUCACCGUCACCCUCGUGAUCGAUCUCCUGCUGGUCCCCUCUGUGGGGCGGCACAACAUGGCGGCCAGCGGCCAAGGCUGACUUGGCCGCAUCUGUGGCUGAAUCGCUCUUACGCCGAAAUGCUGGUGGCUUCGGCGGUAGGUCCUGGGCCGCCACCAGUUCGGGUGAGGAUUCAUCGCCUGAUGGAGCGAUGGAUGGGCCGGCGCUUGUGUGAAGGGACUGCGAGUGGUCAGUGAUCUUGAUGACGGUGGGUUGGGGCGAGACGGAUGGGGGGACGGGGGGGGCGGGGUAGGGGAGAGGGGAAGGGGCGUGCAGGGGCUCCGCUGACGGGCUAGAAGAGACGAUAACCCUGCCACGUGACGACGGUGAACCAUACUGGGCUGUGCCGACAACAUAUCUGCAAAGGACCAAACAGAGAGCAUAAAACGAAAAUGAGCCCACAAGGAAGGUGUCACUUGUUGUACUGGCCCAUGGUCGGCUGACCUUCUAGACGCCUUGACAGGCUCGACGGUGGGCGCCUCCCCGUCAUCCCUGCCGUCAUCCCGCCUCCGCCUCGCGCGCAUCGGCGACACAUCCAGCACCGUCUUGGUCUUCAGAUCGCCCACAGGCCGCCCUAACCUUCGGGGCCGCUCGUCCUCGUGCGCUACCACAGACGCCCUCCUCACACGUGGCGGCAAGGUCGGUGCCGCCGACUCGGCAGACAGAUGGCGGCCCUCAACCCCUGCCCCUCCCUGGCCCGACGCUGGCUUGGGUGGAAGUGGGCCGCUGAUGGGGGGCAGUGUCUUGGUGUCGGCGAGUGCGUCGAAUUGUGAGAGUACGGGAGGGAGAGGUAUGGAGAGGGUGAAAUCGACGCCCACGACGGCGAGUGUGACGGGGCAGCAUGGGAGGGUGAGGAAGGGGAGGUGCUGCUGCACCUGCUCGUCGCAGCUGCUGCUCAGGUGCCAUGGGAAGAACAGAGACAGCAGGGGGAAGGCCGACAGGAUCCACUCGAGACGGUCGGUGUAGGAGUGGUGCAUAUGCAGGCCCUUCGCCCCACCACUGCUGUGGCCGGCCUCCUCCUUCAGGUGCUGCACUUGGGACGUCAUGGCGUGGAUGAACUCCGCCACGGGCAGCAGCAGCACCCCCGCCGACGCCACGUACAGUUGCUCAGACACUUCGCCCCGCCCUCCAUCGCCUGACGACGUGCUUGUGGUCCGGGGGAGGGCAGCCGGCAGCCGGAGGUCCGUGAUGGCCAGCCCAAAGGAGGUGUGCGAGAUGUGGGGCUGCGUGUGGGCGGCAAGAGCCGCCACAUUGGAGGGGAAGGUCCAUGCCUCGGUGGGUCUCCCAAGCCCUCCCAGCGGCGCCACAGGGGCCAGGUCGACGCGGCGCUCGAAUGUGCCGGAGGGCAGGUGCCACACAUAGGCCGCCACGCUGGUGAAGAUGGCCAGCAGGUCCGUCUGCAGGUCCAGCACCACUCGUCGCACGUCGGAGGCCAUGCACCCGCUCCUGCGGCUGAUCUGGCACAGGAUGGUGCCUCCAUGCAGCUGCUGCAUAUGCCGUCUCGCCCCCCUGGCCGGCCGGUCGUCGGCCGUCCACUUGGCGGUCCAGAGGAGGGCGGCCUCUGGUGCUGUGCUGCGGCCGUGGUGGUGUGGGUUGUGGUGGUUGUACACGUGGGCCGCCUGUGAAGUGUCGAGGACACACAUGUGGUUGGAGGCGUCGAUCGACAGUACCUUGGAGGGGUCGCACCGCCACUGGCCAUGCGACCCGUGGGGCUGCCGCAUCGACGAGCCCCCCGCCCCUGACGGCGCCAGGUAGACCCGAUGGAGGGCGAUGACCGAUGUGGCGUGACAUGCCGGGUGGAAGCCUGUGAGAGUGAAGUCAGGCAUGUUCCACCAGCAGAGGUCGCCAGACGUGGUGCCGCCGAUCAGGAGGGACGACGCGAGCGCGCGGAGGACACAAAUGGCCGGUUGGGGGGCGGCAGGGGGAGAGGGGGCGGGCGAUUGCCGUCUGUAGGGCGUCUUGAGGUGGAACACCGAGAAAUACGGCUGCGACGGGUCGACGUCUGGCGGCUGGUCCGAGUCGUCGACGGCUUCGUCGUGCUGCGGCUGCUGCUGGACCACCUCAUCGCCAUUGCUGUCGAUGCUCCACCUGACGUGCAGAUGGGGGUGGUGGGGGUGCACCUCACCGCUGCUGUCGACAUAGCCGUCACCCUCGUCAUGGUGGUGGGUCUUGCGCAGGAACUCAGACCGAUCUUUGGACAGCGCAUUGAGCCGCACAGCCGCUAUGGCGCCGUCAGAGAAGGACUGCACCAGGAACACUCGGUGCUCGGCCUCCAGGAUGCACGACGAGAGGCUCCUGCGGGCGGUGCUGACGGCAUCCGCGGUCUGCUGGUGGGGGAGGAGGGGCGACUCGCGUGGGAAGAAGAUGGACUGAACGCCCGCCCGUUUCCGCUGCGGCAGCUGCCAGAUCUUCCGCAGCGGCAGGGUCUGCAUGCUCCACCUGGCGGGUGGGGCUGCUGGUGAACAGCGUGUCUCUUGCCCUUGCCCUUGCCCGGCCAUCCACACUUGCACCACAUCCGGCAGAGACUCCGUCACAGCCCACAGCCCGAUCGAAUACACGGGGGCGGCGCUGGUCGAGCUCUUUCUCCACCUCUGUCCUUGCAGCGCGAUAAAGCACGGCCCCACGGGAUACGCACUGCCGGGGUCGCUGGGGGCCGCCUCACCUGUACCCCCUCCCGCCUCGCCCUCACCGCCCCCACUGAUGGCCUCGGGCAGCGUCGUGAGCAAGGACGGUGAUACCAGCUCGCUGUCUGACGUGCCUUUGGGCCUCUGCAAGGGAGUGGGGGUGUCGGAUGAGGCGGUUGUCGAGUCGUCCGCCGCCCUCGGCCUCAACGGCGACUUCUGCCGUGACGGCGGGUUGACGUAGGUGUCGAUUUGCCGCCUGCUGGAUGGCGUGGACGUGGGCGGGCGUGUGGGUGCGGUGGCAGGGGGGUUGGUCUGGGAGAGGCAGUAGGUGUAGCAUGCACCUGAUGAGGUCCAUGCCGCAAGCAGGAGCUUCCACGCGGAGAGGGAGGACGGCGGCCUCGAGCGACUGGCGGGAGCAUCGGCGUCUGCGCUACAUGUCAAUAAUGAGAGAUACAACACACACACCGAGACAACACAUGGUCGAUCUGAUCUAUGUGGCAUCUGUGGAUGUGUGUGCAUCUGUGUGUGUGCGUUUUCUCACCCAGUGGAGUCCUCAUCUCGCAGCUCUGAUGUCGCAGUGCCCUCCACAUACAGCAGCUGCGCCCCCUCCCAGCCGCCCGCCGCACCUGCAGAGAUCAGCGGUCCCCCGCCGGUCCUCUUGGGCAUGUCGGGACAAAACAGGUCGAUGAACGGCUGCAGCACAAACGUCACAUCGCCCGAAGAGCCGUUGCCGCGCUUGCCCGACGGUGUGGGGGCUGGUGGCUGUUUGCGCCAGAUGACGAUGCGCGAGUGGCCGACGGCGACCAGAAAGUGUUUGCUGAGGGCUAUGCGGUGGCAUCUCGAGGCGCCCCGGCCCGCGCCGGUGACAGCGGGGGGAAAGCGUGUGGCGCUAUCGUCGUCCGUCACGCCGAGAGAGCGGCCGGCAAAAGCCAAGAAGUCGUCUUCUUGCUGAAAUCGGAAUGCACACACCAGCCAACCACAGAGAGGGAGAGCCUCGACGGAUACUACAUGGCCAUGAGCUCGCUCACCUUUUUGUCAUGCUCCAGCGCGUCGCUAGUGAAGGUGGCCUUGAGCUUCAUGGCCGCCCCAGCCCCACCCGUGCCGUCGACACCAAUGCCAUCCCCACCCCCACCGCCGCCUUUUUUGUCCUUAUCGGCGGCCCCCGCCCCCCUCUCAAUGCCCAUGGGGAUCCGAAACAGCUCGCCAUCCUUCGGAGGCCUGACCAGUCGUGUGGCGGCCGCCUUGUCCAGGUCCCAGCAGAACACCUUGCCCUUCACCGAUAGUGCUGCUGCGAGUGCAGGCUGGGGGGCGGGGGCGGUGGGCACAGCGAUGCUCGACAGGGGCAGUGAGUCGGUGACGAGAUGGCACAGCAGGGACUGGCUCCAGAGGUCGAACACGCACAGGGAAAGGCCGUCAGACAGCAGCAGGAAGUGGGUGUAUGGCGCCGGGAAGACGCGCACACACUUGGCCUUGAAUGGGAUACGGUCUCUGAGGAUGGCCAGACACCGGCCGUCGUUGUCGGACCACACGCGGGCGGCUCCGUCUUCAUGGAGGGAGAUGACCACAUCCUCAGAGCAUCCGGUGAAGAGCGGCGUCGGGCAGCUGCUGAAGGCCACGUCAUGCACACCACAGGGGCCGGUCCAGUCGGGGACCAGCACGUGCCGGGGGAUGAAACGCCGAAUGCCGACGCACUCGGCGUCUGCCGCAUCAGCAGAGUCGCCUUGUGCCGCUUGGGAGUGGCCGAUGGAGACGGUCCAGAGGUAGAUGUGGCCCGAAGUGCACCCGGUGGCGAGCUUGACGUGUGAUGGAUGGAAGGUGGCGCACGUGAUGGACUGCUCCGCCUCGAUAUCAGGCCAUAUCGUGCACGCCAACCACACGUCAGAUGAACCGCUCAUCAUGAUCUCACUGACAAAAAGAGCCACUUAAACGUGAUCUUGGUGGGCGGAGCUCCUCAUGCCGGCAGCAAUGGGCCCUCGUCGCCGAAAUCCAGCGCAUCUCGUCG